UACAAUCUUUCAACAAAAGUAGAACAGAAAAAGAUGAUGAUUUCACUACAACCCUAUAAAACAUGUCUUCAAAGAACAUUUCUCUUCAACCCUUCAAAGCUACGAAAUUCUAGACAAACACAAACUAGUUUGAUAGACCAAAGGAAGGCUUCACGUAGAAGAGAACUCAAAUGCAGUGUUGGACAAGGGGGAGAGAAGAAGCCAGAGAAGCGAACAUUUUUGACACUGGAGGAAGCUGGUUUGGUGGAGAUAUCUGGGUUGAGCACCCAUGAGCGCUUUCUAUGCCGUUUAACGAUAUCGUCCCUGAAUUUACUAAGAGUGAUAUCAGAGCAAGAAGGGUGUCCAAUCGAAGAGCUUAAUGCUGGGAAGGUAUGUGAUUGGUUCCUAAAAGACAAGCUGAAAAGGGAGCAGAACAUUGGCUCUGCGGUUCUUCAAUGGGAUGAUUCAGAGUUACCAUUUUAAUUCUUUAUUUAUUUGUUUUAAGCCAUGAGUUUUCUAGGAUUAUGUUAAUCAAUAAAGGGGUGACACUUUUUUUGGUGUCACAUUCUAAAAUUCUUAUGGUAAAUGCUUCAUAGUCAUUGAAUUACAACUUUUAUAAUUCGAAGGAUCCUUCCUGGUUUAAUUUGAUGUCGUUGGGUGCCAAAUUCCAGUAAUCCUUGUGUGGCAUUACAC